CUGAGCUUUAUUCAGAUAAUAAAAGGAUGAGAAGUUUCAAAAAGGGGAUUUAAGGUUGUAGUAGCGUGUAGAUGAUAUCUUGUUGUCUGUAUUGCAAGUGUUGCACUCGAAAAGAAUCUAAGGAUGUCUCUGAACAUUCUGUGUGUUUAGAAAUUGUUUGUGUUGUAAGCUUUGCAGGUGGUAACUUUAGGAAAGUAUGGAUGGUUCAGAGGAUGCUUCUGUACUUCAAGAGCCUCCUGACCCCGAGGUGCUCGAAGUUGAUCCAACUUUUAGAUAUAUACGGUAUAAAGAGGUUAUCGGAAAAGGCGCAUUCAAGACUGUAUACAAGGCCUUCGACGAAGUAGAUGGGAUUGAAGUUGCGUGGAACCAAGUACGAAUAGAUGAUGUUUUGCAGUCACCAAACUCCCUGGAGAGACUGUACUCUGAAGUGCGUCUUUUGAAAUCAUUGAAGCACAGUAAUAUCAUUAGGUUCUAUAACUCAUGGAUCGAUGAUAAGAAUAAGACAGUUAACAUCAUAACUGAGCUUUUCACUUCAGGGAGUCUCAGACAUUACCGCAAGAAACACAGAAAGGUGAAUAUGAAGGCUGUCAAGAGUUGGGCGAGACAAAUACUAAUGGGUUUGAGAUUUCUUCACACUCAAGAGCCACCCAUUAUACAUAGGGAUCUUAAGUGUGAUAACAUCUUUAUCAACGGGAACCAUGGAGAAGUGAAGAUAGGUGAUCUUGGCCUAGCUACUGUCAUGGAGCAAGCUAAUGCCAAAAGUGUUAUUGGAACCCCAGAGUUCAUGGCACCUGAGCUAUACGAUGAGAACUACAACGAACUUGCUGAUAUCUAUGCAUUUGGGAUGUGUAUGUUGGAGAUGGUGACAUUUGAGUACCCUUACUGUGAAUGCAAAAACUCUGCUCAGAUAUACAAGAAGGUCUCAUCGGGAAUAAAACCUGCAUCACUCUCUAGGGUUCAAGACCCUGAAGUAAAGCAGUUCAUUGAGACAUGCUUACUUCCUGCAUCCGAGAGGUUAUCAGCAAAGGAGCUUUUGUUAGACCCUUUCCUUCAAGUAAAUGGUUUAACGAUGAACAACCCUUUGCCUCUUCCUGACAUUGUAAUGCCGAAAGAAGGUGCGUUUGGAGAACGUUGCCUUAUGUCUGAAGGCCCUCCUACAGCACGGCGUAGUAGAUCAAUGUCUAUGGAUCUUGAUGAAGACAACAACCUCCCCAUUGUUACCUUUAGCGACAACUCAGGAUCUAGGUGUAUUGAGGUUAGACGUGCAAAGAGAGGGAACUUCUUUGUACUCAAGGGAGAAGAAAACGAUGAACAUUCUGUCUCGUUGAUUCUUCGAAUAGUAGAUGAGAAUGGACGAGUGAGGAACAUUCAUUUCUUGUUCUAUCAAGAAGGUGACACUGCUUCUAAGGUGUCGAGUGAGAUGGUUGAGCAGCUAGAGUUAACUGACCAGAACGUCUCGUUUAUAGCUGAGCUGAUAGAUAUAUUGCUAGUCAACAUGAUACCCACAUGGAAAACUGAUGUUACGGUCGAUCAUCUUAUUCACUCGCAGCUGAAUCAGAGCUCAAGAAGUCAUCAGAAUGAAGCUAAGAGACAAGAGGAGGCUGCUUUUCAUGACGCUUGUGAGUCGGCUCGUCACUCGUGGAACUCUGAUUGUCCACGGUCAGAGGAGGAAUACAAGCAGUGUAUGGAUGCUAUUAAAGGAGAAGAUUCCAAUCAAGAAAAAACAGAGGAGGCAACUCAUCCGGUAAGCGUUGAGGAAGAAGAAAGAAUAAGACAGGAACUGGAGGAGAUAGAAGCUAAGUAUCGGGAAGAGAUGAAGGAGAUAGGAAAGAAAAGAGAAGAAGCAAUAAUGGAGACAAAGAAAAGGUUGUCUCAGAAGAAGACAGAACAGGUUGAUUGAUUAGACAAAGAACAUAACAAAGACGUCACUGGUGGUUUUCCUUUUGAGAGAUAAUUUGUUUCUUGAACGCCAAGCGAACACUUUGGCUCCCUGAAAGUGUAGAAUGUUUUCUAUAGGAAGAAGAGUUUCUCUGUGUCUGGUUCUUUCUUAAUGGUCGUGGGUUAAAGAUUUUUGAUAUAUGGUCAGAUGUUAUGAACACAAGGAUGAUGGUGUUUCC